AUGUACAAUGCCAUAAGGCUGAUUCGCAAAUCUCUUCAAAAAAUCGAAAGACGAGGAUGUAUGGGUUUUAAUCGUAUGAGAAACGAGCAUCCCAUGAAAGAACGCGAGGAAUUGAGGUAUAUCAGAAGGUGUCGAGUCGCUAUCGUCGGUCUUGGCGGAGUCGGCAAGUCUUUAGCACACCUGUUGAAGACAUAUCCGGGUGGUCUUACCGAGCUCCGACUUUGCAAUCGAAGCGAUCCUGAAGGAAUCGUAGAAGAACUAAAUCAUAUACCUACGAGAUUGCCCGUUCGAGGAUUUAAGGGUAUAGAUAGACUACCCUUGGGCUUACAAAAUGCCGAUUUAGUUGUCGUGACUGCUGGAGCGCCCAGAAGACCUAAUAUGCGAAGAAGGCAAUUAUUCACGGAGAACGCUGCAAUCUGCAGAGACAUAAUCAAUAUCUGCGCAGACAGAUGUCCUGAUGCUCUGAUAGCCAUAGUGACGAACCCUUUGGACUCGUUGGUGCCAGUUGCGGCAGGAGUCUUAAAGAAACGCGGGGUUUAUCGGCCUGAAAGGCUCUUCGGCGUCUGUCAGAUCGACCAGAUGCGAGCGGAGCGUUUCUAUGCGGAGGCCAUUGGACAGGAACCAAGAAAGACUUACGUUCCUGUCGUGGGUGGUCAUGCGGAGAACACUACAGUUCCUUUAUUUUCUAAAGCGAGGCCGAAUGUCCCUUUGACGGAGGAAGAAACCAGAACUUUAAUCCAACUUGUACGAGAUGCUGGGAAAAAAAUUGUUCAAGCAAAGAAAGGAGCAGGCGGAUCUACAUUUUCAAUGGCAUCAGCGACGCUGUAUUUUAUUCAUAAAUUAUGUCGUGCCAUUCAUCACGAGCCGCACGUGAUCAUUUCCGCUUAUGUGGAAUCGACGGUGACCAAUGCGCGUUUCUUUAGUAACGAAUUGCUACUCGGACCACGUGGCAUUCACAGAAAUCUCGGAUAUGGUACGGUCACAAAAUAUGAGCAAGAUCUGAUCGACGAGGCAGUGACAGUCCUUCAGCGAGAUAUUGUGAUGGCCGAUGAGUUCGUCCGUAAGAAUAUAUGAAGUGAUUUUCAAAAAUAAAGUUAUAUUCUUCACGACUGAACAAAGAUAUAGAUGAGUACAUUUUUAAUAUAGACAUCAUUUCUGAGUAUGCUUAAGUUUGAUGGUUUUCAACUAGUUUUUUUACUAAUUCUCUAUAAUUUGUAUAUGUCUUAAAAAUUAUUACAAAGUACCUGUGUAAUAUACUCUUUUACUUGUAAAUACCGAUCUUAUAUAAA